ACAACGUUCCCAGAAACAUGUCGAGCUUUGCGUGUUUUUGUCCCACCCUGCGUUCGUCACGUGAAUAGGUUUAGACUAUGGUGGAAGUUUGUCUCUUAUACUGAGUUUUUAUGAGGAAACCAAAACUACGCGGACUGAAACAUUUGAAGGAUAAUUCGGGGAUAUUUCACGUAUUUGGAGUCUCUUAUUGAUACGGUUGAUCUUCUGGCCCUAUGGCCUGCAUCACCUCUAAUCCAGGCCAGAUCAAUGGCUACAACAUGAGAGCACAACUUCAGGUCAAUGUGUUGUCAGCCAAGCUGAGAGAGAACAAAAAGAACUGGUUUGGUCCUAGUCCUUAUGUGGAAGUUGCAGUGGACGGCCAGUGCAAAAAGACAGAGAAAUGCAACAAAACCCACAGCCCCAAGUGGAACCAAACGCUCACAGUGAUUGUCACGCCUUUCAGUAAAUUGGUCUUCCGCGUGUGGAGCCAUCACACUCUGAAGUCGGACAUUCUGUUGGGAGUAGCCAUAUUGGAAGUUAAGGAAACCUUAAAAUCUAAUGACAUGAAAAUCUCGGAGGUCAUGCAGACGUUGCAGCUCAGUGCUGAGGGGGACCAGUCUGACGUGGUGGGGGACCUGUUCGUGUGCCUUGAUGGAAUGGAGGUCGACCCAGAAAUGUUUGCCUCUGCUGAGGUGGACUUCUGCAGUGAAGUCCUCAAUGGAGACUCUGGAAAUAAUGGGGAAGGUGGUGCAAGCAGGGUGAGGCAAGAUGCCUCUGUUGACAGCAUGGAGGACAGGGGUGCCCCCAAUGGACGAUCGGUGAAUGGUACUCCUUCCCCCUCACUGUCAGCCGGGAGGAUCAGGCUACUACGACCCCCUAGGCCUUCGCGUCCUCCUCCUCCCACCCCACGGAGACCGGCCUCUCUUACAGCCAUCUCCAGUGAGGCUGCCACUGCUGCUACCCCAGAAGCACCUGCGUACGGCUCCAGCAACAAUUUGGCGUCUUAUGAUUCCCGGCAGGCAGGUGGUGUUGCCCCAUCUGUUCCGAAAAUAUCCAACUUUAACAUCGCUCCCCUGCCACCUGGGUGGGAGCAGCGAGUAGACCAGAAUGGCUGUACGUACUACGUGGAUCACAUAGAGAAGAGGACGACUUGGGAAAGGCCAGAACCUCUACCUCAUGGUUGGGAGCGCCGUGUGGACCCCACGGGCAGGAUAUACUUUGUGGAUCAUAUCACCAGGACCACCACCUGGCAGCGCCCGACGGUCCAGACGAUGCGCAACUAUGAGCAGUGGCAGCACAGACAGAGCCAGCUUCGUGGAGCCAUGCACCAGUUCAACCAGAGGUUCAUAUUUGGGCUUCAAGACCCAGCGCAGAACAAGGAGUUUGAUCCCUUGGGAACUCUGCCACAAGGAUGGGAGAAGAGAACAGACUCCAGUGGCAGGGUGUACUUCGUCAACCAUGAAACACGGAUGACCCAGUGGGAGGACCCGCGAAACCAAAGCACGGUGAGUGAGAAGCCACUACCCGAAGGUUGGGAGAUGAGAUUCACGGUGAAUGGGAUUCCUUACUUUGUUGACCACAACCGGAGAACAACCACCUACAUUGAUCCCCGAAGUGGAAAGUCAUCCCUUGAAAAUGGACCUCAGAUCACCUAUGUCAGAGACUUCAAAGCCAAAGUGCAGUAUUUCAGAUUCUGGUGUCAGCAACUGGUCAUGCCUCAGCACAUAAAGAUCAAUGUCUCACGAAAGACCUUGUUUGAGGACUCGUUCCAGCAGAUUAUGAGCUUCAAUGCACAUGAUCUCCGCCGGCGAGUGUGGAUAAUAUUCCCUGGAGAAGAAGGCUUGGACUAUGGAGGUGUAGCAAGGGAAUGGUUUUUUCUUCUUUCCCACGAAGUGCUGAACCCCAUGUACUGCCUCUUUGAGUACGCUGGAAAGGACAACUAUUGCCUGCAGAUCAACCCUGCCUCAUCCAUCAACCCUGACCACCUCAAGUACUUCAAGUUCAUCGGGCGCUUCAUUGCCAUGGCUCUGUUCCAUGGGAAGUUUAUUGAUACAGGUUUCUCCUUGCCUUUCUACAAGCGCAUACUGAACAAGCCUUUGAGUCUGAAAGAUCUGGAAUCCAUUGAUCCAGAGUUCUACAAUUCCCUCAUCUGGAUUAAAGAGAACAACAUUGAAGAGUGUGGCCUGGAAAUGUCUUUCUCUGUGGAUAAAGAAAUCCUGGGUGAAAUUACAACACAUGACCUGAAACCUGAUGGCGCCAACAUUGUUGUCACAGAGGAAAAUAAAGAGGAAUAUAUCAGGCUUGUGGCAGAGUGGAGGUUGUCCAGAGGUGUAGAGGAACAGACUCAAGCUUUCUUUGAGGGCUUCAAUGAAGUUCUGCCUCAGCAGUACUUGCAGUACUUUGAUGCAAAGGAAUUGGAGGUCAUGCUAUGUGGGAUGCAAGAGAUUGACCUGGUUGACUGGCAGAGGAACACCAUCUACCGUCACUACGUCCGAAACAGCAAACAGAUCCUGUGGUUCUGGCAGUUCAUUAAGGAGAUCGACAACGAGAAGCGCAUGAGACUGCUGCAGUUUGUCACUGGCACUUGCCGUCUUCCUGUGGGGGGUUUUGCCGACCUCAUGGGGAGUAACGGAGCCCAAAAAUUUUGCAUCGAGAAAGUUGGAAAGGAGAACUGGCUGCCAAGGAGUCACACUUGCUUUAAUCGAUUGGAUUUGCCUCCUUACAAAAGCUAUGAACAGUUGAAAGAGAAACUGUCGUUUGCCAUUGAAGAAACAGAAGGCUUUGGACAGGAGUGACAUCAUCCUAUGGCUUCGCAUGGUGCUGCCACAGUCCAGGGUGGAGGAAUUCGGCAUAUCUUGACCUGUACUUCUCUGGGGCACAUGAUUUCCCAUUUGGUGGAGGAACGUGCCCACUUAGAGACUGCCCUGGGUUCCCUUCCCUGCAGUGCUCCCUCUAACCUGCAGUGCUCCCCCUUCCUGUAUCUGCUCUUCCUUUGUGGUAGCUGGUGGGUGGUUCCCAGUGUGCAGUGGAGCCUUUCUCAAACAGAUAAAUGCAUACUGCAGUGUGAAAUUAUAUUAAUAUAUGUUUAUUGUAUUGGAAGCAGUGCCUGAAACCUUUCAUUUUCCACUAGGGGAGGAAAAAGCACUUUAUAUAUCUGACUGAAAGGUUUAGUGUGAAAUUCAGUCCAAUACAACAUAUUUUAGAAAAAGAAAAGCAGUCCACGAAAAUGUUUGUUUUGUUUCCUUCAGAUAUCCGUGUCAACCCUUAAUUUACAGUUUUCUUGUUUCUGACUAAGAUAAGUCAUCAGAAAUAUGAGAAUUGUAUGUUUUCACGUGUUGCUUGCAGCUUAUCAAAGAUUGGAAGCCAGGAUGGUGCUUUUCAGUUGCUCUUAUCGAAUGUUUUUGCGGCCACUAGAAAAACCAAAGCUGGAAGGCAGUGGGGCUGAACUGCUGCAUUUCCGAGAUCUUUGCUGACGUGACCACGUCGGCUUUUAACAUGCCCGCAGUCGGGCUCCCGUCUGGUCGAGCAGCUCAUCUUUCAGGUGCAUCUUCGGUUGAUAGGGACACACCAGCACCAAAACGCUCCUGCUCCAAGAUUCUCAUGAAUUCAUCAAAUUUUUACAUGUAAUAUAAAUCGAUGCAGAGCCUGCUUACAUCACUAUAAAUGUAGAAUAAGCAGUUGCAGGUACCACGGCCCUAGUUUUAUAGGGCUUUAGUAUAAAAUUUUCACUAUGCGUCUUAUUUUUGUAUGUUGCUUGUUUGGGGAAAAUUAUGUGUAGAACACUGUGCUGACUCCAUUUCCAGGUUAUUAAUCUAAACUACUGUAUUGAUCAAAAAAACUUUUCAAGAUGUUAAAUCCGCAAGCUGAGCUCACACUGCCUUUUUGCCAUAUAUUUCUCUUUGCACUUCUGAAGUCAGCGGUGUUCCAUGUCCCAAGAUGCUAAGCAUCAGGAGACUCAUGGCAUUGUGGUGGCUUCAGAGCCUCUCUGAACUGUACACUAUGAACCUACCAGAUCUGUUUGGUACUGGUUCACAAAUCUGGUGGGUGUGCUAUUAGAACAGCCAAAAAAAAAAAAAAAACAAUUCAGAUGACAAAGACAGUGUAUAUCCAUGUACUGCUCAGUAGGAUAAUUUGGGAUGAAAAAAUUAAUACAAUUUUUUUCUUUAGUCUGCAGGUUAUAGACACUAUCUUAUGUAUAAAACAGCUAUUAUUAGAGAACAUAUUUUGACUAAGGGUGUCUAAUAAACAGAAGCUUAGUUUGGAAUCGGUCUCAAUCCUCGGGUCUUGAAUUUUUUUCUGGAGUGUAUUCUGAAUACAUUUGCAAGAGUUAGGUAGAUGUGGCUCAGGUUGAACCCACAUUUUGUUUCAUGUAUUCACCACAUGGAUUAUUGCACUUGGAUUUUUUUUAUCUUGUCUAACUACGAAACAACUAAACCUGUCGUUACUGAUAAAUAUUACUGGAAGACUAGCAGAUUACAUAUCAAGUCCAUGACCCUAAAUUGCAUAAUUGCCGGGCUGGAUGGUUUGAUUGUAUAAAUGUACUAACACUGGCCUUUGAAAUAUGAUGUCUUAAGUGACCAAACACUAGAGGUGAAGAGGCAUUUUUGUGUGUGAACCUAAUAAUUCGUACUACUAAAAAUAUUCCUUCAAUCUCAAUAGGCAACAGGUUUCUUUAUACAUGAUUUUACUACUGAAUCUUAAUUUUUUCCAUUUUAGACUUGAGUAAAUGAAAAUAUCUGAAGGUAUCAAAUGCAAUUUAUUAACAAAUGCACUUUAAAUAUAAAAAGAUUAUUUUUCUUUCUUUAUUUGGGAACAAAGCCAAAAAUAUAAACCCCAUGACUGUUUUAGGCUUAAUGCAAAUUCCUUGUAAAGGGCCCUACUGACAACCUGGCAGUUCUGAAACCUACUUAAUCUCCUCACAUUGUUCAAACACAUUAUUAAAUAACAUCAAAUGUGAAUUUAAUCCUUAUGAUAUAGUGGGAAAAUAUGUGUGUUGUAUUCUAGUAAAAAUCUUUCUGUUUGAACCUGUUUGUUUAUUUUACAACUUCAAUAGCAUUAGUAUUCAUAAUCUCCAUUUAUUGAAUUGAUAUUGUAAAUUGUAUACUUUCAAAAAUGUUAUUAAAUGAUUUUGGUCAUGGGGCUAAAUUCUUUUUUGAAGACUGCAUAACAAGAGUUACUUUGAAGAUUUUUAAAGCCAUUUAGCAAUUAAAGAAAUAAACUGAGAAAAGUUUGAA